AUGAGUAUCACGAGUGAGGAGGUGAACUAUUUGAUAUGGAGAUAUCUACAAGAGAUGGGGAAGGAAGUGAGCGCCCUUGCUCUGCAAGAAGAGACCAGGGUUUUGGAGUUUGAUUCAAAAUAUAACGAGAAUAUACCGAUUGGAACGUUGGUCAAUCUACUACAGAGAGGUAUACUGUAUACAGAAAGUGAGCUACUGAUCGACUAUGAGGGCAAUCUCAAGGAAGAGAACGAGGCGCAUUUCAGAGAAAACUUCAAUCUAGUGGAUGCACUGAAGAUUGAUAAAGAAAAAUAUCCAGAAAUUGCAAAUAAAGGUAGGUUUUCAUUAGAAAAUGAACCCAUAAUAGAAGAAUUAGAGCCUGAGAAUGGAGAAGAACCCGCAGAGAAACAAGCAGAAAGUAUACACGUGGAACAGAAGUUUAUAGCUACGGCAGGUCCUAGUUUUGUGAAAACAUUAACAGAAACUUUCAGAUUCGAUACAGCCAUUGUGACAACUUCGUGGAAUCCGGUACUGGAUAAUACUCUCUGUAUCGGACUCAAGGACACAGUAGCCAAAAUAGUUGAGUUUAAUGACAGUGGGACAGAGAUUAUUAGUGCGCAUGAACUAAGACAUCCAUUUGCAUUAAGUUCGAGGGCUUCUGACAAUAUGACAAACCAAGUAACAUCUUUAAGUUGGUCUCCUAAUGGUGAGUAUAUUGUUACUGCUGUGGAAAAUGGUGAAAUGAGACUGUGGAAUAAGACUGGUCAAUUACAGAACGUCCUAAACUAUCACGGAUGUCCAAUUUUAGCGAUAAAAUGGAAUAUUGGUUCGAUGUAUUUCAUCUCAUUGGAUAUUGAUAAUGUAGUUAUUGUUUGGGAUGUAUCGAGUGGUAUCUUACAACAUUUCGAAUUAAGUACUGGCACGGGUGGUGAAUCAUUAGGUGUUGAUAUUGAAUGGGUCGAUAAAAAUAAAUUUGUCAUUCCAGGUUUUGAUGGAGAUUUAGUUGUACAUGAAGUUAGCGAAAAGAAGUCGAUAGGGAAACUAGUUGGUCAUCGUGGUCCAAUUAGUUGUAUUAAUUUUAAUAAUGACAGUAAACUACUUGCAACUUCAGCGGAUGAUUUCACAAUAAGAGUAUGGCAUGGUGGCAGUAAUAAUUGUGUAAACUGUUUCUAUGGACAUUCGCAGAGUAUAGUGUCUUUGCAUUGGAUAAAUGAUGAUGAGAUUAUAAGUUCCUCUAUGGACGGUUCGGUACGUAUUUGGUCACUGUCACAAAAUAGACUAAUUGGAAACUUAAUCAUAGAUGGAACUCCAAUACUUGUUGGUAAACUAUCUAAAGAUAAGAAAAAAUACUGCAUUGGUUGUAUGGAUGGACAAAUAUACACAUUAGAUGUAGAGUUAUUCCAAAACAACCACGAAAAAUUGCUUGAAAGCCAAAAUGAAACCAUAAUUAUCUUAAACAUACCAAUUGAUGGUAACUACCAAAACAACCGUGAUAAUGAUAACGUUUUUGAACUCUCAUGGAAUUUUAAGAAUGAUAAACUAUCAGUAGCAUAUUCCGUUGGAGAGGGUGUAAUAUUAUCUAUAUAG